CCAAUGUGAACCGAGGACACACAUGACAGAUUGUUCGCUUCUCUCUCUCUCUCCAUUCCCCCCUUUAAGGCUUUAAAUGCCAUCUCUUAGGCCUUAGCCCACUCCCGAAUCCCCAUCAUCUCUCUCUCAACAAUAAAGAAGAAUUCAUCAUUUCAUCUCAGAUGGCUAACUCUUCUAUUGACUCCAAAACUCUCUCCAGCAACGAUCAGAGCGACUCUCUUAAUUGUGGAGAACUCAUUAAUGGCUAUCUCAGCCCUCUCCAGAAACACGCUGCUUUCUUCGACAGAAAUCAAGAUGGCCUCGUUUAUCCAUGGGAGACCUUCCAAGGAUUUCGUGCCAUCGGCAGUGGCAUCCCCUUGUCCACCAUCGCUGCUAUCUUCAUCAAUUGCUUUCUCAGUUCCCAAACUCGCCCGGGAAAGCUUCCAUCUCUUCUGUUCCCUAUUGAAAUAAAGAACAUAAAGAGAGCCAAGCAUGGGAGUGAUACUGGUGUUUACGAUACCGAAGGAAGGUUUGUGCCAGAAAAGUUUGAAGAGAUUUUUAGCAAGCAUGCCCAUGUCAAUCCAAACGCUUUAACAUCGAAGGAAGUGUCAGAAAUGCUGAAGGCCAACCGGGUUUCUCAAGACUUCAGAGGAUGGAUUGGAGCCUGGACAGAGUGGAAGGUAUUGUACUACUUGUGUAAAGAUAAAGAUGGCUUCUUGCAUAAAGAUACCAUUAGAGGUGUUUAUGAUGGAACCCUAUUUGAACAAAUGGAGGAGGAGCAUAGAUCAUCUAGGAAAACAAAGUGAAGGCCAUAAAAAGAGUUAUAAUAAUUACCAUGUCUUUUAAUUUAUCUUGAACUAUCUUUGACUUUGCUUAUUUUAUAUAUAUAUAUGUGUGUGUGCGUGUAUGUAUUAGAAUAACAGAUAUACAUAAUGGAAGUGUUAUAGUGUAACCCGUCAUGUAUAAAAAAGAGGCAAAUUAGUAGAAUUGCCCAUUUAUCAUCAUCCUCCAUGCCUUUUUCUAAUUAUAUGGGGUCAACUAUAUGAAUAUUGUUUUGUCAUUCCAUUAUACUUAAUGUCAUAUCCAUUGUCAUUGUAAAGCAAGAACAGGCCAGGUUUGUCCUUAUGAGGAUACUGUGCAAGGUUCAAAUGGCACGGUGAAGCCUAUUCA